AUGCCAUCAGCUGAUAGCGAAACGAUCAACAACGAGUAUGUAGAACUUCCACACCUCGAGGUCAACCCAGCGGCCAAAGAAACCAUCGUUUUAAUCCAUGGGGCCACUGGGGAUGGCAGCGGCUGGGACCUUGUAACACCUUACUUGUCCAGUUACCAUCUCCUGGCUCCCGAUCUCCUUGGCCACGGCAUUGCAAGAGCAUACCCCUUCUCCGUCGACAGAGCCGCUGCUGCACUGCGCUCUUUGAUCCUCAAACGCGCUCAUGGCGGUGUUGCAUAUAUCGUGGGCUUCAGCCUCGGAGCUCAUGUAGCCAUUCGUCUGGUAUCGCAUCAUCCCGAAAUCACAAACUGCGUCCUGGUCUCCGGUUUCAAGGUCUUUCCCACCACCUCCUUGACUCCAUAUCUUCCGUAUGUCAUCUGGGCAGAGCAGCGUCUGGAGUACGCGGUCCCUCGCUCGUGGAUCCGUUGGGCAAUGGAUGGUAUCCACAUUGAGCGUCCAGACUUGAGCAUGUGCACCAUCGAGUACUAUCGCCAAGUCUUCAGUCCUUCUGACGAUGCCGACAUGUGGCCCAAGCCAUGGCCUGCAAAGACUCUUGUCAUCGCUGCCGGCAAGGGCGGGCUCAUACCUUCAGACGAUCGUCCCGACGAUGCGAGGAGAUUGGCCAGGAUCGGACGUAAACUGAACAGUGCAACUCGUGCUGUCACCCAUCCCGAUAUGAGACAUGCUUGGAUUCUGCAAGAUCCUGAGCUGUUUGCAGAGACUGUCAAGAAAUGGUUUGAAGAGGAAUUGGUACCUGAUGGCUUUUCACCACUGUAG